GUUCAACCCUCCCACCAGCGAACGAUGUUCCUAAUGCCACGCACAUUCUCCACACGGCUGUCAAGUCACGGCAGGUCUCUAUCCGUGAUGUAGAGACUGAAGAGAUAGCAGGCCUACAAUGGGCCUCCGUGAAGAACGUCGUCGAGGUGUUGCAAUUUCUCACCGACUCCAACCAGCAUGGAAAACCCGAAGAUAGACGACACCGUCCCGGUGCUCAUCAUCGGAGCUGGUCCAGCGGGCGCUACACUCGCUCUUCACCUCGCACGGCUCAAUAUCAAGAGCCUAAUGAUCUCGAGGCACUCCGGCACGGCGAAUACCCCCCGAGCACACAUCUUCAAUCAACGCGCGAUGGAGGUUCUCAGGGACGCAGGACUCGAACCACGGCUAGAGGAAGUGGCGAGCCCCGCGCACCACAUGCAACACACGUCCUGGUCUAAUACGCUCAACGGCGACGAGUACGGACGAAUGUGGUCGUGGGGCAGCAAGCCGUCGGAGAAGCAUCGUUACGAGAUGGCGAGUCCAUGUGUCAUGUCGGACCUGCCGCAGAGCCUUCUCGAGCCGAUUCUCGUCGACGAGGGAAUCAAACAUGGAGUUACCGUCAGAUUCAGCACCGAGUUCGAGCGACUCGAGGAUCACGGCGACUACGUCCUGACGCUCUUGCGGGAUCGGAAAACAGAACGACGAUACUGGGUGCGGUCACAAUAUCUCGUCGGCGCAGACGGCGCGAGAAGUAGUGUACUCAAUGCUUUGGAGAUCCCUGUGGAUGGAAAGCAGCUCAACAACGCUUUCAAUGUUCACAUCAAAGCCGACCUCACCAAGUACAUGGUCAAUCGCCCUGGCAGUCUCAAUUGGAUCCUCAACACGGAUGCCCCGGAGUGGUCUGCUGCUGGGAAUUUCCGCAUGGUCCGGCCGUGGAACGAAUGGGUGGUGUCGAUGCAUCCGGCGAGCGACCAAACAUUCGAACCAACCAUGAAGCAAAUCGAUAGUAGGUUGAGGCAGAUGAUUGGCGACGACAGUGUGAAUAUCGAGAUCCUGUCGAGCUUCCGCUGGACAAUCAACGACCAAGUCGCCCGCUCGUGGCAGAAGGGGAGAGUCUUGUGUAUAGGCGAUGCAGUGCAUCGACACCCUCCUAUCAACGGCCUGGGUAGCAAUACUUGCAUUUCGGAUGCUUUCAACCUUGCCUGGAAGCUGGCAUACGUCUUGAAGGGUCUUGCGGGGUCGGAGCUCCUCCAAACACUGACAACCGAGCGGAAGCCGGUUGGCGAUGCUGUGGUACGCCGAGCGAAUGAUGGCAUGCUAGCCCACCGUAGGUUGUGGGCGCUGCUGGGCUUGACGCCGCACGACCGGGAUCAAGCCGUUAACCUGCUCAAAGCAACGACUCACGAGGGAAGAGAGAUGAGGGCCCGGCUGCGGAAAGCCCUUGAAGCCACGGAUGCUGAGCUGCAGGCGCUCGGGAUCCAGAUGAACCAAAUCUACUCAAACUCCGCCGCCGUAUACGCCGAACAAGACGACAGGGCUCCCGAUCUCAAUGGUUUUGACUUGCUCAAAGAAGUCGCCAUUUCGACGUAUCCUGGCUAUCACUUACCUCACUUUUGGGUGGCUGCCAACGGACAAUCUCCACGCACGUCUGUGCUAGACUUGUGCGGACACGGGCACUUCACCGUCCUCACAGGCGUGGGGGGCGAAUGUUGGAAACACGCUGCCAGCGAACUGAGUCAGGAAGUCGCAGAUCUCGACAUGAAAGCCGUGUCCAUUGGGUAUGACUGCGACUACAUGGAUUGCUACCACGACUGGGGUAGGCUCAGCGGGGUCGAGGAGGAUGGUGUGGUUCUCGUAAGGCCAGAUCACUUCGUUGCUUGGCGAUUUCCCACAUCGUCUGCCGACGCGACCAGUCUGCUCCGUAGUGCUAUGCUUAGAGUACUCUGCCGUGCGGAGAAGUGAUGGUCAUGUUCGCGUAGUGAUAGGCUGGUACAUUGAAAGAUAGAGAUCGAUGCCACUCGCGGGGUAGAGAACCCCGCGCGGAGAUGAAUGCAAUACCACAUUACCCAUACUGGCAUCGAGACUGUCAG